UUAGAUGUAUUGAUUUGUGAAAAUUCAAAAGGAUAUUUCCCUGUAAUAAUUUAAUACAGUUAUGUGUAUUAUGUUUGACUUUCAACUGAAUAUAUUUGCUUUGUUAAAGUUAAAAUGAUGCUGAUCCAUGUGCACCUUUUUGUGCCUUUGAACCUUUUUACUUAUAUACUCGCCUUUAGCAGUGGUUGUCGAAGACCGGAUGGUAUCCCUUGUUGCUAUAAUGAAUAUCUUGACGUUGAGAAUAAAACUUGUAGAGAAUGCAUUCCCGGGAGAAUAGGCUGGGGAUGUAAAGAACCUUGUAAAGAGGGAUAUUAUGGACAUUUGUGUAGAUUGGCCUGCACGUGUAGAUCUCUUUAUUGUGACCCAGUGUUUGGCUGCUUGGCAACAACCUCUAAUGGAGGCAUAACACUCUUAGCCCCCAAUGAGUACAAUUUGGAGAGAAUGAAACACUCUAAUGCACCCCAUUCAACAACAAAGCGUGGAAUGCGUUUGUCUACAAUAGACAAGUCAACCCUAGGAUCUUCGACUACGGAGAUGUCUUUGGAGAAAAGGACAAAAGAUCAUAAACAUGGUAAAUAUAACCCAAAAAUUUAA